CCUUGUUUGUGCAGUUUUACAUAAUACACCAACACUUUUACCUAUUCCCAAGCAAGUGGUGGCUGAGGCAUAUGCAGUAAGUUUUGUACUUUUUCUGACUUGCAUAAAGGGAAGAAACUUUAACACUUUGUAAUUGCCAUUUAUUUCCACUGCACAGAACAGUGAAGAAAAACUCUCAGAUGACUGUCCUUUGGAGGAAGAACCUAAACUCUCAAACCAGAAAGAGCAUGGGCACCUGCUUCACCAGAUGUCGUUGUAACCGGACGGUCCUCGAAAAUCAGCCCGAGCCUCUGACGCCAGGACCACAGGAAAGCGUGAUUGUGGCGCUGUACGACUACCCGGAGUUCGAGCGCACAGAGCUGACCAUGCGCAUGGGGGAAAGACUGAGCAUUGUGUCAGAUGAUGGUGAUUUCAUGAUGGUGAGGUCCACAAGCACCGGCCGCGAGAGCUACAUCCCAACCAACUACACGGCAAAGGUGACAGACAGGUGGCUGUACACGGGGAUCAGCAGGUAUCAAGCAGAGGAACUCCUUAAACAUCCCAGCAACCAGACCGGGGCCUUCCUGAUCCGGGAAUCGGAGACAAACGCAGACAGCUAUUCGCUCUCCGUCUUGAGGAGGACCAGCUCCUUGGACAUGAAUCCUGUCAAGCACUAUCGCAUCACUCAGCUGGAAAACUCCUGGGUCUACAUAUCUCCAGGACUCACGUUCCCCUCCCUGCAUUACCUGGUGGAACACUAUGCAGAGACUCCAGACGGGCUGUGCUGUCGGCUGUCGGCCCCUUGCUUCAUCCAGGGCCUGGACGACCCUAGACCUGUUCCCAUCACGGUCAGGAGACCAACGAUGAACUGGAGGGACAUUAGCAGGUCUGUGAUCCUCAGGAGGAAGAGAACCGAGUCGGACAACUCUCUGGUGAGCGAUGGGCUGAGGGAGGCCAUCAGCUCCUACCUCCAGUUGACAGAGUGCAACGAUCACAGCUGGGACACAUGAAGGAAAGACUGCUGGGCCGGUUGAAGGAAUGAAGUGCGACAGGAAAAGUGGAGAGAAAUACUGCCCUGUGGGGGGUGCUGCAGUUUGAGCAAAGCACCGCAGGAGGUCCUCUGCACGCCCAAACGUAGUCCUCGAGGAUUGUCCAGGAACAGAUGUGAGGCUGAGACACUACACUGCUCAGAGACGAGUCAAACUGUUGACCUUCUUCAUGGAAGGUGGAUGAUGCACAUAAGCAGAAGAUGAUGUGUGCUGCAAAGUGCAAGGCAAAGAGACAAUGAAUGUUUCUCCUAAUUUAUGUCUGUUUUACCCAACGUUGUCGGUUAACUUUACAGCAAUAUGAUUGUAUAUGAGUGUUGUCAUGGUUGUCAUGUUAUUGGAAUGCAAUAUAAUCAACACGCUACUAAUAAAUAAUCUACACAUGC